CAGAGGGUUUAUGUCAACAGUCGGUCCCUGACGGUGCAGAAUCCUUGGCGUUUUCCCACUGGGUGUUCCGGCCUCAGCGCCAGUCUUCUCUGGACCCUGCAGCUCUCCAGCCAUCGUCUGCGCACCACCUCGACCAUGCUCCCCGUUGCUGCCUGGGUGCUGCUGGUGGGGGUCCUGGGGGCUUCACGGACCACCGCAGGGGAGCUGCUCCAGGAGAUUGAGAGCAGCUACAAUGGCCAGUACGGCCAGUGUUUCCAGUCCCUCUCUGGCGAGGCUGGAGCUUUGAACCUUGGACAGAGAUGGGGAGAGUCCUCUCCAACUGCUACUUUAUACAUUGAUCUGCAUGCGGUCAAAAGCGCGGCCUCUUCCUUUGACUUCCGUACCUUUGACCCCGAAGGCGUCAUCUUCUACGGGGACACCGUGCCUGGCAUGGACUGGUUUGUCCUGGCUCUGCGCCGAGGGAAGCCCGAGAUGCAGAUCCACAACGCCAUCACCAACCUCACGGUCUCCGGAGGACGUCGCCUUGAUGACGGCCGGUGGCAUCGGGUGAUGGUGAAGAACGAAGGGCACGUGGUCCUGCUCGAAGUGGACGGAGACGAACAUCUGGUCUUGAGCCACGUCUCUUAUCCGAUCGUUGAGCAGCAAGAGCCGUCCAUGCGCAUCGGGGUGGGGGGACUGUUCAUCCCCGUGCAAGAACUGCUGACUCCACUGAACACGGCCAUGGACGGCUGCAUGAGGCGAUGGGACUGGCUGAACCAGACCGCCGAGUGGCGGGAAGGGACCUCCUUGGAGGAUGAUGGGACCAAGAGCUGCUUCCCCAACAUCCGGCCCGGCAGCUUCUUUCCCGGCCGUGGCCUGGCCACCUUCUCACUGACAGGUCUCCCCAUGGGGCUCAGCCCUACCAACGGGAGCUGGUCCCUGACUCUGCAGAUGGGGAUCGGGGCUGCCCCACAGUCGGGGACCUUGCUGGCCGUCUCCAGCUUGAAGCAGACGCCCGUCCUCCGCCUGGACCUGCAGCACACGGAUCUGGUGGCUCACCUGGGGAACAAGACGGUCCUUCUGGUCCCCCUUCCCUUGAGGGGUUGCCUGGAUGCUCAGCUUUUCCUGCGGGUCACCCCCGCUCGCCUCACCCUGCGGUUGGGCAGCGCCGAGAGCGUGGUGCCCAUCCCGAGGACCGAAUUCGACAGCUUGAAGCACCUCUGGCUGAGCAAACGGGGGCACCUUGUCGUUGGAGGAUUACCAGGACAGGAAAUCUCCGCUCUGGCUCAGGAGAGAAGUUAUUUCCGGGGCUGCCUGCACGCGAUCCGGGUGCAAGGCCAGGAGCUGGACCUUGAUUCGGCACAAUCCAGAAGCAACUCCAUCUGGGCGCACAGUUGCCCCGGUCCCGAUGACGCGGAGAGCAAAGCCGCCCUGGAUGGGGGCAACUGAAAGGGGACCGUGAUGCGCCGGGAUCCCGCUGGGCCGGCCGUGCGCCUACUCUCUUCUUCUC